AUGGUAUUAACAAAUUUACCAUUUGAAAGGAACUCUCUGUUACAGAGCCGUUAUCAUUUAAUACAGAGACCAGAUAGUGCCCCCAUUGUUACUAAGUCCAUUAGACAAAGUGGUGAACAUGUGGAAAAUGAAAAAGGCAAACAGGCCAAAAACUAUGCAUCUUUUCUUAAGGAACAAGAAAGAAAAGUGUGUCCUGAUGGUUUUGUUGACUCUGGUCGCUAUAGUUACACCUAUCAAAGAAAGAAGGAUAACCCAUUACGCUCAUCUAGUUCUCCCAGAAUUGAUCUCAUAACUUUCCAUAGAAAUGCAGAGGAAGAUGGUACCAAACAUGAAAAAUGUCUGAAAGUUAUAGAGCCAGGAACACAUGAUAAGUCCCAUUUUAAGUAUUCUGGUUCUGAUAAUUACACACUAGAAGAUGGGAAAUACCAAGCAUUAGCACGAUAUGAUCUAAAUCCUGACAAACCAAUGGAUGGUAUUAUUUACUUCGAUCAGGAGAUCAAGAUUGCCAAUUACAUAACUCUGGAAAUCCGCAAGCGAUAUACAGUUUUUCCAAAGGGACAAGAGGAUUCUACAUAUUUUUUGAACAAUGCCAUUGUGGGUCAGGCUCACAAACAGGGUGCUCUUCAAGCUAACUUACCACAUGCAUUUUUUAUCAGUAUUUUCGGUGCACCAACGGAUAUUUCAAUACGUAAAAAUUUGAAAACCAGAUUAUCUUAUGAUUUUCCGGGAUUUGAGUUCCUUAUUACCAGAUAUUUUAAAGGUCAAGUUAGUGUUGUGUUAACUUCGUAUAAUGUGACAGUUGAAGAUUCUGGUACUUAUGAAAUUAUUGCGAAUUUCGAAGGCGGGAGGUUUAUGAAAUAUAGUUUCGAAGUUUAUGUGGUGAAUAAUAUUAUAAGAAUUGACAGCUUCUCGAGAACGGAAUCCCAUGAUGAGAAUGGUAAAAGGACCAUGGAGGUAACUUGUACGGCUACGGGAGAUCCUUUGCCCACAGUAUACUUUAUACAUCCUGUUCCCGAUGAGAACUCCCCGGUUUAUACUUUCAGGGAGAUCAAAUUAGAAAACAACGGAACUUUUGAAAUCAAGCCGUCUGAAGUUACUGGAGACUCUGUGACCAGGAAAAUGAUUGUCUACAAAUUACUAGAAUCAAUCUAUUUUUAUGAAAUUGGAUGUAAAGCUAUAAGUAAGAAACAAGAAAGGCUCUGCUUAUAUUAUCAUAAAAGGUCCUUUGCGAUAGUGACGUCAUUCCUUCAAAUCCAUCUGUGUCCAGAAUUUUACGAGUUAGAUAGUUAA